UCUGCACGUACCUACGUUGAGAACAAGGAAGUGGUCAACAUGUAGCUCAGGUCGUAUACUUCUUCUUUGCAAGAUAAAACGAUCAAGAAUAAAAGAGCUCUUGUUGUUUGGAGACAUGUCACAACAUGUUGAAGCUUGAACUCUGAGGAUCAACGAUCUGCAACUACGUAAUUCCACCAUGGAGGGAUCUUCUAAAAGUGAUGCAGCUGCUCAGCCCUCUGUCGCUGCUCAAGUUCCUUUCCUUCAUCUUUGCUCCACCUUAGAGAAAAUCCAGAAGACAAAACUCCGCCCAGAUAAAUCCAAGACCCUUGGGGAUUUCAUUGAGUCAUGGAGGAAGUUUCAUUCUGCCCUCCACAAAGACAACCCCAAAUCAACAGACUCUUUCUACUCAUCUAUGCGCCUCAUAGUCCCUUCCUUUGAACGAGAGCGCAUGGCUUACGGCAUCAAAGAGAGCAUGUUAGCUAAACUUUAUAUUGACGUCUUAGGCCUCCCAAAGAAUGGCCCAGAAGCCAAUAAACUUUUGAACUACCGUGCUCCGACUGCAUCCCAAGGAGAAGCUGGAGACUUUGCCGGCAUGGCGUACUUUGUGCUGAAGAAACGCUGCACCAGCCAAGGAAAUCUAAGCAUCAAAGAAGUAAACGACUUUCUGGAUUCGGUAGCAAUCAACAACGCUAGCAAGCAGAAAGGUCUUGUGAAAAAGAGUCUGCUGCACAUCAUCACCCAGAGCUCGGCUCUCGAGCAGAAGUGGCUCAUCAGAAUGAUUCUGAAAGACAUGAAGCUCGGGAUCAGCAAAGAAACUGUUCUUCAAGUCUUCCACCCGGAUGCUAGCGAGCUCUAUAACGUCAACACGGACUUAAACAAAGUCUGCCAGCAGCUCCACAACCCCUCCAUGUCUUUAAGCGAUGUCUCUAUCGGACUCUUCUCCGCAUUCAAGCCUAUGUUGGCGGGUGUGGCGAACAUCCGCAAUGUGGAGAAACAGAUGGGAAACAGCCCAUUUUUCAUUCAAACUAAACUGGAUGGAGAGCGUAUACAGCUUCACAAAGACGGCGACGUGUACAAGUACUUCAGUCGAAACGCUUUUGAGUACACCCAGCAGUUUGGAGCAUCUCCACUGGAAGGCUCGCUGACGCCUUACAUCCACAACGUUUUUAAAAGCCACGUUGUAAACUGCAUCCUCGACGGGGAGAUGAUGGCGUACAACCCGACCACGGACAUCUUCAUGCAGAAAGGGAGCAAAUUCGACAUCAAGAAGCUAAUGGAGGACUCUGAGCUACAGACGUGCUUCUGUGUGUUUGACGUGCUGUUAGUCAAUGACCAGAAGCUUGGCAAGGAAACACUAAAGAAGCGCCACGAGACCCUUCAAACCGUUUUCACUCCAGUCAAGGGGAGGAUACAUCUGGUACCAAAGGCCGAUGCCAGAACCGUGCAGGACGUGGUGAACGCCCUCAAUGACGCCAUUGACAGCAGAGAAGAGGGGAUCAUGGUGAAGGAUCCUUUGUCCAUCUACAAACCUGACAAGCGAGGAGAGGGAUGGCUGAAAAUAAAGCCAGAAUAUGUGGAUGGCUUGAUGGAUGAGCUUGACCUGCUGAUUGUUGGCGGAUACUGGGGGAAAGGAAAACGGGGCGGUAUGAUGUCCCAUUUCUUAGCUGCCGUCGCCGAAGCUCCAAAGCCUGGCGAGAAACCCUCAGUUUUCCACUCUUUCUGCCGCAUCGGCUCUGGCUACACCAUGAAGGAGUUGUACGACCUCGGUUUAAAGCUAGCCAAGCAUUGGAAAGUCUAUCGGAAAAACGACCCGCCAGCAUCCAUCUUGUGUGGAACCGAGAAACCAGAAGUCUACAUCGAACCCUGCAACUCGGUCAUCCUCCAGGUGAGAGCGGCGGAAAUAGUGGGCAGCGACAUGUAUAAAACCAACUGCACCCUGCGCUUCCCCAGGAUCGAGAAGAUCCGCGACGACAAGGAGUGGCACCAGUGCAUGACACUCGCAGAGCUGGACCAGUUCCGCGGGAAGGCCUCUGGGAAACUAGCCUCGCGGCACCUCUUCAUCGAUGGCAACGAACCGCAGAAGAAGAAGCGCAAGCCGCUGGUCAAACCCAAGAAGGUGGUCGGGAUCAUCGACCAGUUCAAGCACCAGGACCUCUCCGGGGUUACCAAGGAGACGGAUAUGUUCGAGGAUGUCGAGUUCUGUAUCCUGAAUGGCACUGAGCAGCACCCCAAAGCGGAGCUGGAAAAGGGCGUGGCCAGGUGUGGUGGUAUCGUGGUUCAAAACCCAGGACGGGACACCUACUGCGUGGUUGCCGGCGUGGAGAACAUGCGAGUGAAGAACCUGGUUUUGUCCGACCAGCAUGACGUUGUGUGGGCCGCCUGGCUGCUGGAGUGCCUGGACCAGAAGGAAGUGGUCCCAUGGCAACCGCGGCACAUGAUCCACAUGUCGCCCUCCACCAGGGAGCACUUCGCCAAGGAGUACGACAGCUACGGCGACAGCUACUUCGUGGACACGGACGAGCAGCAGCUGCGGGAGGUGUUUGCACGAAUCAGCAACGAGGACACGUCAGCGGCGGUGAACAUCAGCCAGGUGGAGCAGCGCUACAGCUGGGAGGACAUUCCCACCAGCAUGUUCAGGCCAUUUGAGGUCUACAUGGACAGAUUCACCGACAUUGGAGAACCUGGAACCGCCAUACAAGCUUCCUGUUUGGACAUCAGGGCGCUGGAGUUUCGCUACCAUGGAGGUAAGGUGCUGAAGAAGUUGGAGGAAGGAGUCUCUCAUGUCAUUAUCUCAGAGGAAACCAGACUACUGCACUUAAGGACUCUGAGGCGCUGCUUUAGGAAGAAGUUUAAGAUCGUAAGAGAAUCAUGGUUGACUGAUUCAAUAAAAGCAGGCUAUCUGCUGAAUGACACUGACUACUUGGCUUAAAGAGUCCACUGGUGAUGCACACUGGAUACAAAUCCCAGCAUAGCUAGCCUUUUAAAUCAGAUUGUUGUGUUCCAUGAGUGAUUACGGCUGCAUGUGAUUCGUUUUUAAUUAAUAGGAUACUGUAAAAGUCCUAAAGGCAACAACUACAUUACAUUUUUAAAGUUAAAUAGCAAUAUGGAGUAUUGCAAUGGGAAGCUAAUUAAUCGCUUAGCCUUUUAAUCUUUAGCCGAGCAGUUUUUAAUACAAAUAAAGGAAAAAAGGUUUUCGUUUUUUUAAACAAAUGGAGGGGUUCAAUGUGUGUUCAAUUUUUGUAAGUAUUAAUGUACUGUCUUAAAAAGGAAGCUGCUUUCAUCCUCUUAACUUUUCUGUCUUUAUAGAUGAAUCCAUUUUAUUAAUCCACAUCAGAGAUAUCAAAUGUAAGAUUAUAGAACCCGUAACAACAUCUCAAAGACAAGAUGUAGCAUUUAUUUAUUUAUUUAGAAGAACCAAAACGAUGUGACUUUUAAUGAAUUUUUCUGUCGAGUCAACUGAACUGUCUGUAAAACGUGUGUAGGCCAAAACAUUGGGAUUAUUACGCCGUUUGCCUUGUCUUGAUCUGUGCCUUUUAUGCUUUUGUGUCUGUCUACAAACUUCUAAUAAAUAUUAUAAAUCCUUUUUAAAAUAA